AAAGUCUCCUCAGUUUUGGGGCGAUUAUGAUGAUGAAAACUAAUAACACCUUUUUGAGUUACUUUGUUUGCGGUUUUUUGUUGAUGGGGGUUGGUUUAGGACAAAACCAAACAAGUGAAAUCAAAGUAGGAGUAGUUCUUGAUCUCAAUACAACAUUUUCCAAGAUCUGCCUCACUUCUAUAAAGAUGGCCGUGUCCGAUUUCUACGCGGAUCAUCCAAAUUACCUCACAAGACUUACGCUUCACGUUAGAGAUUCCAUGGAAGAUACUGUUCAGGCUUCAGCUGCAGCCUUGGACCUAAUCAAAACCGAGCAAGUGAGCGCCAUCAUCGGACCAAUAAACUCUAUGCAAGCAGAUUUUAUGAUCAAACUGGCCAACAAAACUCAAGUACCGACCAUCACAUUCUCUGCAACAAGCCCUCUUUUGACAUCCAUCAAAAGCCCUUACUUCGUCAGAGCCACUAUCGACGACUCAUCCCAGGUCAGGGCCAUUGCGUCCAUUUUCAAAUUCUUUAGGUGGAGAAGGGUCGUCGCAAUUUAUGUGGACAACGAGUUUGGUGAAGGAUUCAUGCCUUUCUUGUUUGACGCUUUACAAGACGUGGAAGUCAAGAGAAGUGUGAUCCCUCCGGAGGCUAUCGAUGAUGAGAUUCAGAAAGAACUUCGUAAGCUCAUGGAGAGGCAAGCGAGAGUAUUUGUUGUCCACAUGGAAUCAAGUCUCGCUUUACGGGUUUUUCAGAUAGCUAGGGAUAUCGGGAUGAUGGAGGAAGGGUAUGUAUGGUUAAUGACCAAUGGAAUGACGCAUAUGAUGAGACAUAUAAACAAUGGUCGUAGCUUAAAUACUAUAGAGGGCGUGUUAGGUGUGAGGAGCCAUGUCCCCAAAUCGAAAGAGCUCGGAGAUUUCCGUUUGAGAUGGAAAAGAACAUUUGAGAAGGAGAAUCCAUCGAUGAGAGAUGAUCUAAACGUUUUUGCAUUAUGGGCAUAUGAUUCAAUUACUGCAUUGGCUAAGGCUGUGGAGAAAGCCAACACAAAGAGCUUAUGGUAUGAUAAUGGGAGCACCUUGUCAAAAAAUAGGACAGAUUUGGGGAACGUAGGGGUCUCUCUCUAUGGUCCAAGUCUUCAAAAGGCUUUCUCGGAGGUAAGAUUCAAUGGUUUGGCAGGAGAGUUUAAACUCAUAGACGGGCAGCUCCAGUCACCAAAGUUUGAGAUCAUAAAUUUUGUCGGAAAUGAAGAGAGGAUUAUUGGAUUUUGGACACCAAGAGAUGGACUCAUGGAUGCAACAAGUUCAAACAAAAAAACGUUGGGGCCAGUGAUAUGGCCAGGGAAGUCAAAAAUUGUUCCAAAAGGAUGGGAGAUUCCAGGGAAGAAGCUUAGAGUGGGCGUUCCAAUGAAGAAAGGCUUCUUUGAUUUUGUUAAGGUAACCAUAAAUCCGAUCACUAACAAAAAGACCCCAACCGGUUAUGCCAUAGAAAUCUUUGAAGCUGCUCUUAAGGAAUUGCCAUAUUUAGUCAUUCCUGAGUACGUCAGUUUUGAGUCUCCAAAUAACUACAACAAUUUGGUCUACCAAGUAUAUGACAAGACAUGGGAUGCAGUUGUUGGAGAUAUAACCAUCACAGCGAACAGAUCUUUGUACGCUGACUUCACGUUACCGUUCACAGAGUCAGGAGUGUCUAUGAUGGUGCCGGUGAGAGAUAAUGAGAAUAAGGACACAUGGGUGUUCCUCGAACCUUGGAGCUUAGAGCUAUGGGUCACCACCGGUUGUUUCUUCGUCUUCAUUGGUUUUGUUGUGUGGCUAUUCGAACACAGAGUCAACACCGACUUCCGUGGACCGCCUCAGUACCAGAUCGGCACUAGUUUAUGGUUCUCCUUCUCCACCAUGGUUUUUGCCCACCGUGAGAAUGUAGUGAGCAAUUUAGCAAGGUUUGUGGUGGUUGUCUGGUGUUUUGUAGUGCUUGUUCUCACUCAGAGCUACACAGCGAGUCUCACCUCUUUCCUCACGGUACAAAGUUUGCAACCGACGGUCACAAAUGUAAACGAUCUCAUCAAAAAUAGGGAUUGUGUAGGGUACCAAGGUGGUGCUUUCGUUAAAGAUAUUCUAUUAGGGCUAGGAUUUCAUGAAGAUCAGCUAAAGCCUUUUGAUUCUGCCAAAGAUGCCGACGACCUUUUGUCCAAGGGGAAAUCAAAAGGUAUCGCAGCAGCUUUCGACGAAGUUGCUUACCUUAAGGCUAUCCUUUCUCAAUCCUGCUCUAAAUAUGUCAUGGUUGAACCUACAUUUAAGACUGGUGGUUUUGGCUUUGCAUUCCCGAAGAAUUCACCUUUGACGGGAGAAUUCUCAAGGGCUAUCUUGAAUCUGACACAAAACAAUGUAACGCAACAAAUCGAGGACAGAUGGUUCCCGAAAAAGAAUGAUUGUCCUGAUCCAAUGACCGCUCUUUCGUCCAACCGUCUCAACCUCAGUAGCUUCUUGGGUCUAUUUCUAAUAGCAGGCACUGCUAUAUCUUUUUCAUUACUCGUCUUCGUGGCUCUUUUCUUGUACGAACAUAGGCACACUCUAGGUGAUGAUUCCGAGGAUUCCUUGUGGAGAAAGCUAAAGUUCUUGUUCAAAAUCUUCGAUGAGAAAGACAUGAAUUCGCAUACUUUCAAGAACAGUGCCAUUCAUAAUAUAAGUUCACCUAUGACUCACAAGACUCCGAGCCCUUCAACUGUGCAAAUCACACCAUGGCCACAAAGCCCAUCACAAAACAGAGAGUUUGAGCUAAGAAGAGUGUCAUUUAGCCCGAGCGAAGAACGCUUCACUACGCAACCGAUAAUACAUCAUGAAGAUGGAGAAUCUGAUAUUGAAUGUCGAGUUGAACAAUAG